AUGAUGGCCCUGGCCUCCCACUUACAAUCAGUGGAGGCAGAGAAACAGAAACUUAGAACGCAAGUGCGACGGCUCUGUCAGGAGAACGCCUGGCUUCGCGACGAACUGGCGGCAGCGCAACAACGGCUCCAAGCCUCGGAACAGAGAGUCGCUCAGUUGGAAGAGGAAAACAAACAUCUCGACUUUAUGGCCUCUAUCAGGAAGUACGACAGCGACGUGCAAGAAGAGAACGACAACACUCGCAGCACUCAAAGUGAGACAAAACGCGAUGACCCCAUGGUCGAUCUGUUCCCUGAUGACGAUCAUGACGACAACCGAAACAACAAAUCGAUGUCCCCGACACCGCCAUCACAGUUCGCGCAGCAGGUCAACGCGGGCUACGAGAUCCCAGCGCGCCUGCGCACGCUUCACAACCUCGUCAUUCAGUACGCCUCGCAGGGACGAUACGAGGUGGCAGUGCCGCUAUGCAAGCAAGCCCUAGAAGACCUGGAGAAGACCUCUGGCCACGACCACCCUGACGUCGCCACGAUGCUCAACAUUUUGGCACUAGUUUACAGGGAUCAGAACAAAUAUAAAGAAGCUGCGAACCUGUUGAACGACGCACUGUCCAUCCGCGAGAAGACACUGGGAGAAAACCAUCCCGCUGUUGCUGCUACGCUGAAUAACUUGGCUGUGUUGUAUGGAAAGCGAGGCAAGUAUCGCGAGGCGGAGCCGCUGUGCAAGCGAGCACUUUGCAUCCGCGAGGCCGUGCUGGGCCGCGACCACCCCGACGUGGCCAAGCAACUCAACAAUCUCGCGCUGCUCUGCCAGAACCAGAACAAAUAUGAGGAGGUGGAGCAGUACUACCAGCGAGCGUUGGAGAUCUACGAAAGCAAACUGGGCCCCGACGACCCCAACGUCGCCAAGACCAAGAACAACCUCGCUUCCUGCUACCUCAAACAGGUAUUCGCUAUUUCAUACCGCUGGUCAGUCACCAACGCCACUAAAAUAGGGUUCGUUAGACCCAUUGACUUAAAAUUAUAUGGAC